CUGCGCUCCGCCUCUGACAGCAGCUCAGCUGGUACGGAACCGGAGGCAGCGUGCUGUUGCUUGGUUGGUUGGUUCAUCGAGAGAUCAGUUAGCCGAAAAUGUUGAGAAUUACGAUCCGGGCAGACGUGGGAGCCAUUUGGGUGUUAUUAUGUAUCACCUAUUCCCAGUUUUUGACAGUUUCUUCUGAUGACAUAGUGGUGGCAUGCGGGGGAUUUGUGAAAUCCGAUGUGGAGAUCAAUUACUCUCUGAUCGAGAUUAAACUGUACACCAAACAAGGAUCCCUGAAAUAUCAAACGGACUGUGCUCCAAUCAAUGGCUACUUUAUGAUCCCCCUGUAUGACAAGGGGGACUUUGUUUUAAAGAUCGAGCCUCCUCUUGGAUGGAGCUUCGAGCCCACCAGUGUCGACCUCCAUGUGGAUGGAGUGAGUGACAUUUGUACAAAAGAGGAAGACAUCAACUUUGUCUUCACUGGCUUCUCGGUCUCAGGAACGGUUCUCAGUAAAGGCCAUCCCCUGGGUCCUGCUGGAGUAGAAGUGAAACUCACCCGAGUGGGAACAGAGGAGAAACUCCAGAGCGUCAUCACAAAGCCUGGAGGAAAGUACACCUUUUUAAAAGUACUCCCUGGAAAUUAUGACAUCACGGCUUCCCAUCCUUCUUGGACUCUGGAGCAGAGCGCCACCUCAGUGGUGGUCUCCAAUGCCAACGCCCCCGCUGCCGAGAAUCUGGUGGUUGGAGGCUACGACGUCUCGGGGGAGGUCCGCAGUGAUGGAGAGCCCAUGAAAGAGGUCACCUUCCUCCUGUACUCGGCCACAGUCAAGAAAGAGGACGUCGGCGGCUGUAACACAUCCCCAGUGGAGGGGGCAGAUCCUGGGGACAGCUCGCUGCUCUACCUGUGCAGCGCUCUCUCCAGGGAAGAUGGAACCUUCGUCUUCCUCUCGCUGGCCAGCGGCGAGUACACCGUGGUGCCCUUCUACAGAGGAGAAAGGAUCACGUUUGAUGUCGCUCCUUCCAGGAUGAAUUUCAAAGUGGAACACAACAGUUUGAAACUGGAGCCAAUCUUCCGGGUCAUGGGCUUCUCUGUGACGGGCCGAGUUCUCAACAGUGAUGGGGGGGAGGGCGUCCCUGAUGCCACUGUGUCCCUCAACAACCAGAUCAAAGUCCUCAGCAAGGAGGAAGGCUCUUUCCGCCUGGAGAACAUGACGGCUGGUACCUACACCAUCCGUGUCACCAAGGAGCUCAUGUUCUUCGAGCCAAUCACAGUGAAGAUCGCCCCCAACACACCCCAGCUUCCUGACAUCAUCACUGCAGGGUUCAGUGUGUGUGGCCAGAUCUCCGUCAGCCGCCUGCCUGAGGGCAUGAAGCAGCAGGGCCGCUACAAGGUCACCUUGACUCAGCAGGGCCAAGACAAAGCCUCGAGCAAGACCGUGGACUCAGACCCCCAAGGGGCCUUCUGCUUUCAGGCCAAACCUGGAGACUACAGUGUCCAUGUGUCUCUCCCCGAGGCGGAGGUGAAGGCAGGGCUUGCUCUGCAGCCUCGGGCCCUGGAGGUCUCCCUUGUGGACCGGCCCCUCACAGACCUACUCUUCACCCAGUUCAUGGCUUCUGUCUCUGGGAAAGUCUACUGUCUAGCGUCCUGCGAUGACCUCUCUGUGACUCUGCAGCCAGUGAGUCGGCAGGGAGAGAGGCGGACGGUGGCUCUGUCCGGCAGCAACGACAUCCUCAGCUUCUCCUUUGAGGACGUUUUACCAGGGAAAUACAAAGUGAGUAUUACUCACGAGGAGUGGUGCUGGAAGCAUAAGUCCGUGGAGGUGGAGGUGCUGGACUCGGACGUAGUGGGGGUUGAGUUCAGACAGAUUGGCUACAUCCUGCGCUGCUCCCUCUCCCAUGCUAUCACUCUGGAGUUCUUCCAAGAUGGCAGCAAACCCGAAAACGUCGGCGUGUACAACCUCUCUAAAGGAGUCAACCGCUUCUGUCUCUCAAAGCCAGGUGUUUACAAAGUCACCCCUCGCUCCUGCCAUCAGUUUGAGCAGGACUUCUACACGUACGAUACCUCGGCCCCCAGCAUCCUGACCCUCACUGCAGUGCGCCAUCACAUGACCGGGCUCAUCACCACCGACAAGAUCCUGGACGUCACCGUUACUAUCAAAUCGUCUAUUGAGAGUGAGCCGGCCCUGGUGCUGGGGCCCCUGCGCAGCCUGGAGGAGCAGCGGCUGGAGCAGCAGCUGCAGGAGAUCACGCUGCGGCGCCAGGAGAGAGAGCGCCGCGCCGCCGAGGAGGAGGGAGGGACCAGGGACGACAGCCCCCCCAUCCAAGAGAAGGCCGACGACCUGACAGGCCCCUUCCACUACGAGUUCUCCUACUGGGCAAGGGCUGGAGAAAAGAUCACAGUGACUCCCUCAUCCAAGGAACUGCUGUUCUAUCCUCCAGAGGUAGAGGCCACCAUUACCGGAGAGUCGUGUCCGGGUCGUCUGGUGGACAUCGCAGGGCGAGCCGGGCUCUUCCUGGCGGGCAAAGUGUCUCCAGAGCUGCAGGGUGUGGAGAUCUCCAUCACUGAGAGAGGAGCCGCUGCACCGCUCAUUACUGUGGGCACCAAUGAGAUGGGAGCAUACAGUGUGGGUCCGCUCCACAGCGACCGGCAGUACGACAUCAGUGCCAGCAAAGAAGGCUUCGUCCUGAGUCCUGUGGAGGGGACCGUGGGAGACUUCAAGGCGUUCGCUCUGGCUGGAGUCACCUUCAAGAUCAGAUCAGAGGACGGUAUUCCCCUUUCAGGUGUCCUCCUGUCUCUGAGUGGGGGACAGUUUCGCUCCAACCUGCUGACUCAGGACACCGGCCUGCUCACCUUCAAUAACCUGAGUCCCGGUCAGUACUACUUCAAGCCCAUGAUGAAGGAGUUCCGCUUUGAGCCGGCGUCUCAGAUGAUCGCAGUGGAGGAGGGUCAGAACCUCAGUAUCGAUAUCACUGGCAUCAAGACCGCUUACAGCUGCUACGGAGCCGUGCAGUCUCUGAGCGGGGACGCAGAGAGGGACGUUGCCGUGGAGGCGGUGGGACAGGCAGACUGUAGCAUCUACAGCGAGGACACCGUCACCGAUCAAGAGGGGCGCUUCAGACUCAGGGGUCUGCUGCCGGGUUGCAAAUAUCUCAUUCAGCUGCGAGCUGAAGGCAACGACCACAUAGAGAGGGCCUUACCACAAUACAGAGCAGUAGAGGUCGGCAGCAAUGACAUUGAAGGAGUCAACAUCAUCGCCUUCAGACAAAUCAAUCAGUUUGACCUCAGUGGAAACGUCCACACGUCCCCUGAACACCUCGCAACACUAUCGGUGAAGCUUUACAAGAGUGACAACAUGGACAACCCGAUCAACAGCAUCUCUCUGGGACAGUCCCUCUUCUUCAACUUCCCUCCGCUGGACAGAGAUGGAGAGAGCUACGUGCUGAUACUGCACUCCACGCUGUCCCGCUUCCAGUUUGACUUCACUCUGCCUCAGGUCACCUUCACCUCCAAUGGUUACCACAAGCACAUCACACUCACCUUCAACCCCACUCGUAAAGUGCCUGACCAGGAUAUAGCCCAGGGCUCGUACAUCGCUUUGCCCCUCACCCUGCUGCUCCUGUUGGCAGCAUACAACCACGAGAAGGUAAUCCCCCUCCUGCUACAGCUGGUGAACCGUAUCCAGGGAGUGAGGAGCAUGUCCCAGGUCAGCGCGGACAACGCUGCUCUGGACGAAGCCAAACGUCAGGCCAAGAGACAGAAGGCCCGGCGCACAUAAGGACCCAACCACGGCUCACCUCAGACCACAUCUUUGCCCACUAAAUAUUCCACUUGUUUACGUAGGGUUGGCUCCCAGUUGAUCCCAGUUCACAAGAUAAAUGCCCCAGGAUGCUAGAGAAAUAUUGGGUGCGCUAAAGAUGUGAUUUGACCCUGUGUGAAGACCAACACAAACCACUCGACGCGCAUCAGAUUCACUGGACUGAAGUUUUACAGGUUGUUUUCCUCCAUUGUUUCCACAGCACUCAUUGUCUAAAGAAAAUUGUUAAUAUUUGUGAUAGAAUAUGAGCCAUUUUUAUACCUUUGUAAUUUAUCUAGGUCAACGAAAAUCAUUUGCUUAUGUUUUGAAGCACUUGAAUGCUUUUGAUAUCAGUCUUAACAGAGUUUAGGACACCAGGGAUGGUCACGUGUGUCACCUAUCAGCGUGUGGGUCAAUUCAGAUGAAACACAGGGGUAUUUACACACUGCGGUGACAAAGAGGAUAUUUAAACUGUCCACUUUAAUAUUACCUUUUUAUAGGACAAAAAAGGUCAUUAUAAUUUAGAGCUUGUGAAAUGAUUGUGAGAUCUACAUCUAGAAAUAAACCCUUGUAUUCAUUUUCAAAUUUAAUUUACUCUAAUUAUGCUUAUUGACCCUUAUUUGACCCCGUUGUCAAUAAACUCAAUCGACUUAAAUAAUUCCAUCACAAACAUGGGAUUGUGUAACUGUUAACUAUCAUCAAAAGACAGCCAAAGACGUGGACAAGCUUCAUACCAUUGUCAGUCAUGUUAUAUAUAUUUAAAAAAGAAAACACGAGUUACUGCCAUGCACUCCACCUCUUAUAUGUUGUUUAGCGUGACGCAAGGUCGACUUUUUGUCCGUUUCAGCUCAGGAAAGCGGUGGUCGAUAGAUGCUGGAAAUUUGGGUUUGAAUAGAGAAUCUUGUUUUUUUCUGUGGGUGGGUGGGUUGGUAGGGCGCUAUAACAGAUAGUUGAUUAAUUUAUUAACAUAAUGUCUAAUCAGAUGUGAAUGAUUACUUAGUUUGUGUGCUGGGGAAUGCCUCUCAGAAGUGUUUGUUUUUUCAAAUGAAGUGUUUUUUUUUUUUUUUUAGAGCUUCCUUAAUUUCAAGAAGACUGACAUCCACAUACCGUAGAGAGCUACGACAGAAUAUCAUAAGCUCCUUGUUUUACCGCUGAGCUUUGUAAUGCACUGUGAAAAUGAUGGUCCCCAAUAAUUCUUCUGUAUUGAAUUCAUCGGCUCUCAGUUGUGUUCCUGAAAGAUGAAAAGGCCACUGACUAUUAACUAAAAGAUAUUCCAAUUAGUCUUUAUUAAGGGGGGGGGGGG